UCUGACAAGUGACUCUCCUCUUCUCUUCAGGGCACUGUUUGGGGACAGCCACAUUUCUGAUUCCAUAAAGCGGUUUUCUAUGUAAAGUUUGCAGAGGAUAAGAACAAUGCCUCCACGACCAUCUUCAGGUGAACUGUGGGGCAUCCACUUGAUGCCCCCACGAAUCCUAGUGGAAUGUUUACUCCCAAAUGGAAUGAUAGUGACUUUAGAAUGCCUCCGUGAGGCUACACUAAUCACCAUCAAACAUGAACUGUUUAAAGAAGCCAGGAAAUACCCUCUCCAUCAGCUUCUGCAAGAUGAAUCUUCUUACAUUUUCGUAAGUGUUACCCAAGAAGCAGAAAGGGAAGAAUUUUUUGAUGAAACAAGACGGCUUUGUGACCUUCGGCUUUUUCAACCCUUUUUAAAAGUAAUUGAGCCCGUAGGCAACCGUGAAGAAAAGAUCCUCAAUCGAGAAAUUGGUUUUGUUAUUGGCAUGCCCGUGUGUGAAUUUGAUAUGGUUAAAGAUCCAGAAGUCCAAGACUUCCGAAGGAACAUUCUGAAUGUUUGCAAAGAAGCUGUGGACCUGCGGGAUCUGAACUCGCCCCACAGCAGAGCAAUGUAUGUCUACCCUCCCAACGUAGAGUCCUCCCCAGAACUGCCAAAGCACAUCUACAACAAGCUGGAUAAAGGACAAAUCAUAGUGGUGAUUUGGGUGAUAGUCUCUCCAAACAAUGACAAGCAGAAGUACACUUUGAAGAUCAACCAUGAUUGUGUGCCUGAGCAAGUCAUUGCUGAAGCCAUCAGGAAGAAGACUCGGAGCAUGCUGCUCUCUUCCGAGCAGCUGAAACUCUGUGUUUUAGAAUACCAGGGCAAGUAUAUCCUGAAAGUGUGUGGCUGCGAUGAGUACUUCCUAGAAAAGUACCCUCUGAGUCAGUACAAGUACAUAAGAAGCUGUAUAAUGCUGGGGAGGAUGCCCAACUUGAUGCUGAUGGCCAAGGAAAGCCUGUACUCUCAGCUGCCAAUGGACAGCUUCACGAUGCCGUCAUACUCCAGGCGCAUCUCCACGGCUACACCCUAUAUGAAUGGAGAGACAUCCACGAAAUCUCUCUGGGUUAUAAACAGCGCGCUCAGAAUAAAAAUUCUUUGUGCAACCUAUGUAAAUGUAAAUAUUCGAGACAUUGAUAAGAUCUAUGUUCGAACAGGUAUCUACCAUGGAGGAGAACCCUUAUGUGACAAUGUGAAUACUCAAAGAGUACCUUGCUCCAAUCCUAGGUGGAACGAAUGGCUCAACUAUGAUAUAUACAUUCCUGAUCUUCCUCGAGCUGCUCGCCUCUGCCUUUCCAUUUGCUCUGUUAAAGGCCGCAAGGGUGCUAAGGAGGAGCACUGUCCGUUGGCCUGGGGAAACAUAAACUUGUUUGAUUACACAGACACCCUAGUAUCUGGCAAAAUGGCUUUGAAUCUCUGGCCUGUACCACAUGGGUUAGAAGAUCUGCUGAACCCUAUUGGUGUCACUGGGUCAAACCCAAAUAAAGAAACUCCAUGCUUGGAGUUGGAGUUUGAUUGGUUCAGCAGUGUGGUGAAGUUUCCAGACAUGUCCGUGAUUGAAGAACAUGCCAAUUGGUCUGUGUCCCGAGAAGCUGGAUUCAGUUACUCUCACACAGGACUGAGUAACAGACUAGCCAGAGACAAUGAGUUAAGAGAAAAUGACAAAGAACAGCUCCGAGCACUUUGUACCCGGGACCCACUGUCUGAAAUCACUGAACAGGAGAAAGACUUCCUAUGGAGCCACAGACACUACUGUGUGACUAUUCCUGAAAUCCUACCCAAACUGCUUCUGUCUGUCAAGUGGAAUUCCAGAGAUGAAGUAGCCCAGAUGUAUUGCUUAGUAAAAGAUUGGCCUCCAAUCAAACCAGAGCAGGCCAUGGAGCUCCUGGACUGUAAUUAUCCAGAUCCUAUGGUUCGGAGUUUUGCUGUUCGGUGCUUGGAAAAAUACUUAACAGAUGACAAACUUUCUCAGUACCUCAUUCAGCUCGUACAGGUCUUAAAAUAUGAACAAUAUUUGGAUAACCUGCUUGUGAGAUUUUUACUCAAGAAAGCAUUGACAAAUCAAAGAAUUGGCCAUUUUUUCUUUUGGCACUUAAAAUCUGAGAUGCACAAUAAGACUGUCAGUCAGAGGUUUGGCCUGCUGUUGGAGUCCUACUGCCGUGCCUGCGGGAUGUAUCUGAAACAUCUGAACAGACAAGUAGAGGCCAUGGAGAAGCUCAUCAACCUGACUGACAUCCUCAAGCAGGAGAAGAAGGAUGAGACACAAAAGGUACAGAUGAAGUUCUUGGUUGAGCAGAUGAGACAGCCAGAUUUCAUGGAUGCUUUACAGGGUUUUCUGUCCCCUCUAAAUCCUGCUCAUCAACUAGGAAACCUCAGGCUUGAAGAGUGUCGGAUUAUGUCCUCUGCAAAAAGGCCGCUAUGGCUGAAUUGGGAGAACCCAGACAUCAUGUCAGAGCUGCUGUUUCAGAACAAUGAGAUCAUCUUUAAAAAUGGUGACGAUUUACGGCAAGAUAUGCUAACCCUUCAGAUCAUUCGCAUCAUGGAGAACAUCUGGCAGAACCAAGGGCUUGACCUUCGCAUGCUGCCUUAUGGCUGUCUAUCCAUUGGGGACUGUGUUGGGCUCAUCGAGGUGGUGAGAAACUCUCACACCAUCAUGCAAAUCCAGUGCAAAGGAGGCCUGAAGGGGGCGCUGCAGUUCAACAGCCACACACUGCAUCAGUGGCUCAAGGACAAGAACAAGGGCGAGAUAUACGAUGCAGCCAUUGACCUAUUUACUCGGUCAUGCGCUGGGUACUGCGUGGCAACCUUCAUCUUGGGAAUUGGAGACCGGCACAAUAGCAACAUCAUGGUGAAAGAUGAUGGACAGCUGUUUCAUAUAGAUUUUGGGCACUUUUUGGAUCACAAGAAGAAAAAAUUUGGCUAUAAACGGGAACGUGUGCCAUUUGUUUUGACACAAGAUUUCUUAAUAGUGAUUAGUAAAGGAGCCCAAGAGUACACAAAGACCAGAGAGUUUGAGAGGUUUCAGGAGAUGUGCUACAAGGCUUACCUGGCAAUCCGGCAGCACGCCAAUCUCUUCAUCAACCUUUUCUCAAUGAUGCUUGGCUCUGGGAUGCCAGAGCUGCAGUCCUUUGAUGACAUUGCCUAUAUUCGGAAGACGCUAGCCUUGGACAAAACUGAGCAAGAGGCUUUGGAAUAUUUCACAAAACAAAUGAAUGAUGCACAUCAUGGUGGCUGGACGACAAAAAUGGACUGGAUCUUCCACACCAUCAAGCAGCAUGCAUUGAACUGAGACGGGAGCACCUGGCUUCUCCUCCACGGCAGGCAGUAGCACAGGGAUGGCACAGUCAGGAACAGCAGUAGGACUUGAGCAAGAACAGGAACAACAUGCUCUAUAAUUGAAACACUGUACAUGCAAACAGGGUUUGAUAGCACUAAACUAGUUCAUUUCAAAAUCCAGCUUUAGAAUAAUGAGCAAUUUCAUGUUAUGCCUUAAAUCCAAAAAAAAAAGGUAAACUUUGAAGAUUGUUUGUAUCUUUUUUUAAAAAAACAAAACAAAAAUCCCCCAAAUACAUACAAAUGAUGGAGACAAAAAGAGGAUGCGGAUCUGUUUGUCUUGCAGUGUUCUGUUUGGAAUGUGGACACAGCCCAGGCUGCACCGCUUUAGGUCAGAUAAGCUGAAGCUUUUAUUAAGUUACAUGAAAGUGGAGAAGAAUGAAAAUUCUCAUUUUCCCAUUGCUGUUCAGACUUACAUUUGAAGUGGGUAUUUUGAUUCACAGCUUAAUGAGGAACAACACUUGGGGUGAAGGGACUUGCUUUUUGCUUUGAACAAACAGACCUUUGAUGGACUUGGGGUCUCACCUGCGGUUUUGAAAGCGGUGGCAAAUGAUACCUGCAGACAGCUACGUUUUUGUUGGGGUUUGGUUUUUGUUGGUUUUUCUGGACAGUAUUUACAAGGAUCUGGCUUACUUCCUAGGACAAUUCUGGGCUCACAUCAAGUACAGCAGUGAUGACAGAGGAGGGACAGCAGGGAGCUCCUGUUCCUGACUUGUACAGUAUUCACUUUAAGCUGAUCGUUUCUCCUUUUGCAAUUGAACUGAAUACUUUUUUUCAUGCAUGUUUUCCAGAAAAUAGAAGUGAGUAUUAAUGUUAUUAAAAAGAUUAUUUUUUUUUAUUAAAGGAUAUUUAUAUUAUAGAAACUAUCAUUAAUAUAUAUUCUUUAUUUACAUGAUCUGUCCCAUAGUCAUGCAUUGUUUUGCACCCCAAAUUUUUUUAUCGUUGGUAACAGCAUGGUUAGCUUUUCUCUUGGUCUAUAGAUGAGGCUCAGGCACUAUUUCAUUUAUCCAAAUACCCCUGUAUGACUCCUUAAGGAACAGAUUGACUGCACACGCUUUCCUUUCACUGCUGUCUGACUUUACACGAUGCUCUCACCAUCCAUCCGUCUAUAGCUGAGAAUGGCACAGUCAUAUGAAACCAGCUACUACAGUGAACCCAAAGUAGACUCUCAUCCUGAAUCUUACAUCCCUCUACUGAGGUCUGCUCAUGAAUGACUUUUUAUAGUAUGAGAGACUAGAAACCAGGAGUUUUUUACCUUCAUAAGCUAUUUAUCCAUAUCUCAAUGAUAAAAGUAGGACAUUAACCCAUUUUACUAUCAUGUCCCAUUUCCAAGUCCGGUCUCACUCCAACUUCAUUAAAUCCCACUCAAGCACAGAAUGCAUUAUUGAGCAUUCUGAAAAGCAAUCCAUCCAUGAUGUAGGGCUAAUGUUAGUGGUCACUCUAGAUUUCUACUCAGUGUUGAAUGAUAAAUGUCCUAGAAAAUAGCUUUAGCAGAUAUUCAGAUACCACACCAAAAAGGGAAAAAAAA